UGUGUGUUUUGUCCUCCAUUUCUCUCAUUUUCUCCUCUCUCCCGAACUCUGUCAUUGAGUUGUCCUCGAUCCCCUUCUCCACCUCACGGCCGCCGGUCAAUUCCAGCCGCCGCCGGUGAGAACCGUUGCUUUCAUGCACAUCUCAGCCCAGACUACCUCCUCUACCAAGUGGAUUCAACACUCCCACGCCUCAGCAUGGUCUCCCCGGCGGCGUCUAUGCACUGCCCUGAGCGCCAAUCCUGCUUUUGUCCCAUGCGCAUGCUGCCGUGGCUAUGGUCGUCGAUGACCUCAUGCAGUGUGUGCGCAAGAAGCAGAACCGCAUCACACAGAUGGAUGAGGCGGCCGCCGUCGGCCAGAGGCUUAACCAGGAGCGGAAGGAGGUGAUGCGCUCCAAGCCCAGGUUCACCGCCAUCAUCGCCGAGCUCAAGCGCCUCCACGAGCGCCGCUCGCCUGCUUCCGCAGUGAGUAUCUCCCACCACGACGCCCUCCAGGCCUGUGGCCAUCAUGCCUGCUUAUGGCUCGCCCGCGCCGAUGAGCCGAUCCACCCUGGCUCCUCUGUUACUUAUGGUGCGGUGAGGGCUAUGCUGGACAGGAUAAUGGCAUCAGACUACUACACAACAGCUACAGUUGGAGGGAGCUAUGGAGCUGAAGGUGUGCAGGCAUAGGAGAGCAUUACUAUCUGUCUAUCUCACAAGAACCUGGCUGCUGAAGGUCACAAGGUGAAGUGGCAAAUUACACUCAUACUGUAAUUUAAUACAGUAUAUGCUUAGCAUGCUGCAGUUAUCAUUGCCCUGAAACUGUGUUAUGAUCUUUGUUGACGAUUGAUCUGCUGUAGUGCACAAUACUCCUAGUACUAUUAUGCUGCUGUUGCUGCAGAGUCAGUACUAAUGAUCACUGUAGAUUAUAUAAAUUUUAAUUGGAAAACAAGGAUUAUGAUGUUUCAUAUGGCCGUUGUGGGGCGUUGCUUAGAUAUAACAGACGUGCCUGUGCAUUGGUGUUCCAGCAAAAAAAAACGCUGAAAAUAAUAAGUUAACCACUAUGAUAUUUGUAUAAUAUUAUGUUUAUUCACCACUAUCUGGUACUGGAUGUUCUGUAUGCUGAUGGGUCUUCACAGAUUGCAACACAGUAAUUGAAUUUUUUCGUUAGAUUUUUUUAUCAAGGAUCUCUGUUUACUUUCCUUAAUUAUGUCAUCGGAAGUUCAGAACUGAUGUUAGAUUUGUUAAUUGAACAUAAUGAUAAGGGGCUUGAGGCGGUGUGCAAUCUUGCUCUUCUGCUUCAUUCCUUUUUUGAAGGACAACUCAUAUUAAGCUGAUCUUGUCUAAGCACGGCCUCAACAUGUGCUUGAUCUUGUCUUUUCAGUAGGCUGCAACACAUGGUGCAUGGCUGAUUCGGCAUCAUCCCGAGCAGCGUGAGAUGUCCAACCGUGCCUCAUGCUGCUCUCAAUUUCCUUUCCUUCCUUGAAUUCUCUUUUCUUUAUUUCCUGGGACAACUCCUUGAUACCCAAGAAACUUGAAAAUGUAUAUAAACUGGUUGUAUUGUGUGCAAGAAACCGAGGUGGGACUAAAGAAAACCAGCCUUUGCAUGUUUGUCAAACACAAACGUGAGCUAGCAUGAUGGUACGUACCAUACUACUUCCUCCGUCUCAAAAUAAGUGUCUUGAGCUUAGUACAAAUUUAUAUUAGAGUUAGUACAAAGUUGAGACACUUAUUUUAGGACGGAGGAAGUACUAUUUGUGUAAUAGACCACAGGUCGGGCUUUCGAUCCCCAUGAAAUGCUAAUUUUUUGCGUGGGCUUCCACCGUAGUUGGGCCGGCUUAUAGCGCGCGGCUGGCCUGGUAGCUGGGCCAGCUUACAGCGCAGUUAACGAGCGCUCCUUCGGGAGCCUCGCAACGAUCAGCGCCACUUGGCGCGCUCUCAGCCAUUCGUCACGUGUCGCGCUCUGGACGCUCCCUCCAGAUUUUU